AACUUGUCAUUCAACUAAUAAAUCAAUAUAAGAGUUAUAAUUUACAUCAAGAGAACACUUAAGAAUUUUUUUCAUAAAAUUCAUCACAUAAAAAUUAUUCGACCGUGUCUACCUUAUGUAAACGAAUUCUUUAUAUAUAUAUGUGAACCACCAAAGUAUGCAUGCAUCAUCGACAACAAACAAGAAAAAAAUGGCAGUUACCAUUAUUUCCAAAUCUAGCAAAUCCUUUGUUAUAAUGUUGUUUCCAUUACUAGUGCUCCUCUCUUAUACUCCUAAUAUGGUUCUUGUAAGAUCAGACAACACAACUAUCACACAAACUGAAAAAGAUUUGUUUGAAUUUGCUUUGAAUUUUGCUUACUUGGAAUGUGAGUUCUUCUUGAAUGGGGCAUUGGGAUAUGGAUUGGAUGUUGUUGCUCCAAAGUUAGUAGAAGGAGGACCCCCUCCCAUUGGUGCCAAAAGGGCCAAUCUAGGUCCCCUCGUUAAGGAUCUUAUGUCCCAAAUUGGUUAUCAAUACACUGGACAAUUGAGGGCCAAAAAGCGGAUAGUGAAAGGGUUUCCAAGGCCAUUGUUGAACAUAAGCUCAGAAUUAUUUGCCCAAUUAAUGGAUAAUGCCUUUGAAAGGCCACUUGUACCUCCAUUCGAUCCCUAUGUCAAUGAAAUCAACUUUUUGCUUGCAUCUUACGUUAUUCCUUAUAUCGGCGUUACUGGCCUAACUAAUGCCAAUAUAUUGCUCGAAACUCCAACCGCCAAGGCGCUUCUUGCCGGAAUUCUCGGCAUGGAAUCUGGCCAAGAUGGAGUUAUUCGAACGUUGCUAUAUGAACAUCGAGCACGAUUGGUAGAUCCAUAUAAAGAGAGUGUGGAAGAGUUCACAAAUCGCAUUUCAGAGCUUAGGAACAAGUUAGGAAGGGAAGGUCUCAAAGAUGAAGGUCUUGUGGUACCUAAAGAGCUUGGUGCAGAGGGUAAAGUGAGUGGGAAUAUUCUUUCAGGUAACAAUGAUUCUCUUCAAUAUGGAAGAACAGCACCGGAACUGUUGAGGAUAGUGUAUCUGACAGGCAAUGAAAGUCGUCCUGGUGGCUUCUUUCCUAAGGGAGCUGAUGGUGUUCUAGCUAAAUCUUUCCUUGUAAAAUAUAAGGUACACAUCAAAAUUUAA